AUGAUAAAACUUACAAUUGAAAAUUCAAAAAUUGAAAAUAAUAUCGCAUCAGCAUCGACACCUUAUUUAUUACUAACAAAUUCAAAUAUAACAGUUUUUGAUAAUGUAAUUUUUGAUACCAAUAUAGGCAUAUCGACAGAUAAUCCCACUGCUUUGUAUAUAAAUGGAGGCAAUCAAACUGAUAUAUCAGACUCCACAGUAAAAGGAAACAUAAAUAAUGCAGGCCAAGCGUAUGGGACGGUUUAUGCUAAAGGUAGCACUUUAACAUUGGGCAUCGCGAGAACUGUUUUUACUAAUAAUAAUGUGAAUAAUGCUGGAGCAAUCUUGUUUUCUGGCAUAUCUAUUUCUAUAAAUGAUAGCUCAUUUAUCAAUAAUACAGCGAAUACAAAAGGUGGGGCAUUAUAUAUUCAGCAGUCAGCUGCUGCAAGUAUGACUGUUUCAAUAGAUUCCUGCAAUUUUACUUUAAAUUGCGCACUAAUAUCUCCAGGUGGAGCCAUUUACAUAGAAAACACGGGGAUUUUAUAUAACACAAUCAGUUUUGCAUUAAGCAAUGCAAUAUUCACUCAAAAUUAUGGCAGUUAUGGAGCUGCUAUUUAUAUAGAUAGCACAGUGAAUCUUGAUCAAAAUGGCAACUCAUCUAUUGUUUCUUCUAGUUUUAUAAAAAAUAAUUCAACAACAUCAGGAGCCAUUGCACUCUAUUUUUUUAGUGGAAUAUUUCUUAUUUCAGAUUGCAAGUUUACUUCAAAUAUAGGAAGACUUGGCUCAUCUUUGCAUCUAGAAAUAACAGCUGAGCCAAGUAACUACUAUUCAAGACUUACAAUAGAAUCAGGUGAUUUUACCCUAAAUAGUGGCCUUGCAGUUAUUUAUAUGACAAAUUCUGAUGUUUAUUCUUACCUUAUUACUGACUCUUGCAAAUUUACAAAUAACGCAGCAACACCUAUAACACUGGAUUAUGACCAUUGGGAAGAUACAAACUCCGAACUAACCUAUAACGUUGGAAGCCCAUCAGGAGGAGUAAAAAUGCUUGAUGCCUCGCUUGCUGUUUGUAAAAAUACGAUUUUUUCUUAUAAUCAAGUGUCUUCAGAUGGAGGAGCUGUUUCUGCAGGAUCAGGUUCUAAAUUUUAUUGUUUAGGCUGCACAUUUAUAGGAAAUACAGCAAAAGGCUCAGGCGGAGCUAUUUUCAGUGAGCAGAAAUCGUUUUUUAACAUCACAAAAUCUUAUAUUAAAGGAAAUAAAUGUGCUGAUAAAGGAUCUGCUAUAUAUAUGCUAGGGUCAACUACUCCAAUUUCUACCAUUUUGAACUCUAAUAUUACUUAUAAUAAUUCCACAAAUGAAGCUACUAUUGCUCUUCUUGACUCUUCUAUAAAAAUUGAAUCAUCUACUAUAACCCAAAAUAUAGCAUCAUAUAUUACCCCUGGAAUCCUUCUAACACUUUCACAGGCCACAAUAUCUAAUUCUGCCUUUUCAAGUCAAAAUGGAGACCAAGGAAGCUUUAUAUAUGCGACUACUCAAAGCACAGCUACUGUUUCUAACACAACUUUUACAGGUGGAACAAGUACAAGCUCAGCAGGGUCUAUUUUUUCGAUUUCAAGUACCGUGAAUAUUUAUAAUGGGACUUUUAAUACAAAUAGUGCCAAAAAUGGAGGGGGUGGGGUUAUUCUGUCUUAUUCAAGCAGCACUUUAGUGAUAUAUAAUAGCGCGUUUUAUAACUCAUAUAGUAAGGAUGUAGGAGGAGUAAUAAUCGGCUAUGAAAGUGAUCUGACUGUUGAAAGCACGAUUAUGAAAAAUUACAAGGUAGGCGCUAUUUAUGGAUCUAAAAUGAAUUCAGUUACUAUAAAAAAUUCAAAAUUUUAUAAUGGGGCUGGCACCAAUGGAGGCUCAUUAACUUGCAUUUCUUGCAUAUCAGUCUAUUUAUAUAACUGCUAUUUCCAAGAAAACACUGCAGAUACUGGUGGAGCCAUUUAUUUAUCUACUUCAAGUGACACAGAAAUAGGAAAUCCUUAUAUCAUAAAACAAUCAUCAUUUUGGAAUAAUUCAGCAUCAUUAGGAGGUGGAAUAUACACAAACAAUAUCAGUUUAAAUGUAUCCUCUUCAACAUUUGUAGGAAAUAUCGCAAAUACGACUAGCGAAAUUGUGGGAACUACACCGACUACUGGAAAUGGAGGUGGAAUAAAUUUAGCUUGCUCAGAUUUUACGACUUGUGUAUUUAAUAUUACCUAUAACAGCUUUACAGAAAAUUAUGCUAAAUAUAAUGGAGGAGGUAUAAACUGAAUAGAUGUGUUUCCUAUAGCUUAUGGGAAUACAUUUAAAGAUAAUAAAGCUUCUUAUGCACCUGAAAUUUCUUCUUUUGCAAUAAAAUUGAUGGCUGUAGAUAUAGUCUUUUAGGCAUUUUGCAACAAUUUUAUAUGCUAAAACUACUUAAGGCAAUUUUUGACUCUAAAAAAAAUAUAUCCUGAGUUUACCUCAAUUUAUCAGUGAAUACAUUUUAUAAAUAAAAUUGAUAUUUUGAAUUAAAAAAUUUAAAAAUAUUAAAAUAAUUGAUUUUAUAGACAAAAAAUUGGUCUUUAUUAUUUAAAAAGUCAAACUUUGGAAGUAAAAAGCUAAUUAAUCUAUAAAAGUGGGAAUCUAGUUGAAUACAAUAGAAGACUAGAUGAUAUUCCGACAGCGACCUCAAUUUCUGGAAUUGCAUCUGGCCAAACUACUACAAAAAGCAUUACUUUGGCACUAGUGGAUUAUUAUGGAAACAUUGUAGCAACAGAUAGCUCAAGUACUGCACAACUUUUCCCUGAAGAUUCAGCCUCUACAACCUUAUCUGGGACGACUAAAACAACUGCUGUUAAAGGUAUAUAUUAUUUCGACAGUUUUGUAGUUUCAGCGAAACCAGGGACAAGUGUUUCUAUAAAAACAACGUCUACUGGCAUAGACACUACAAAAGCGUCUAAAAUGUCUACAAAUGUCUCAUUUAUUCCUUCAGUAACUAUUGAUGUAACUCUUCGCCUAUGCAUAAUAGGAGAAGCCACUGUAGGGGUUAAUUGUGACGUUUGCGGGGCUGGGUAUUAUAGCUUAAACCCUACUUACACUCAGUGCUUAGCUUGUCCUGCACAUUCAGCGACUUGUUAUGGAAAUUAUACAAUUGUUCCUCAAAAGGGGUAUUGAAGGUCGAGUAAUAUGUCUGAGAAUUUUCUUGCCUGUCCAAAAUCUUCAGCUUGCUUAGGCUCUCCACAGCCUCCUAAUUUAUCUUUUACAGGGCUUUGCCAUGAAGGAUAUACAGGAAAUUUGUGUCAGGGAUGCGAAAAUGGCUAUUCGAGAACCAGCACAAAUACUUGCGGGAAAUGCCCAAGUGCAGUUUCUAAUGCUUUUAAAGUAAUUGGAAUAAUGCUUGCUGUAGUUCUUAUAUGUGGAAUAAUGGUAAAAACGACUAGGAAUUCUGCUUAUAAACCGAAGUCAGUGCAGUCAAUAUAUAUAAAGAUUUUUGUGAAUUAUUUACAAAUUGUGAUGCUUGUGACUACUUUCGAUUUGCAAUGGCCAUCCAGUGUGACCCAACUCUUUUCUAUCCAAAAUGACACAGGAUCAGUAAGUGAACAGGUUUUUUCUUUUGACUGCUUUUUAGAUACAGGCCAAGGUAAUGACCAAGUUUAUUUCAAUAAACUUAUUAUUAUGAGCAUAAUUCCUACAAUUAUAGCAUUAGUAUCAAUUAUAUUCUGAGGAUCUGUAGCAAUUUAUAAAAAGACUUUAAAAUCAUUUAAAAAUGAUUUAUUCUUCGCUAAGCAAGCUUAAUACUAUAAAAAAUAUGGAAAUUAUUAUUUAGAUUACGAUGCUAUUAUUUCAUCACUCAUACAGCUUAGCUAGCUCCCUUUUGCUGCUGGAAAGCUUUUUAUAUGCGAAUGCAGGGGCUAAUUUUUUAUACAAUAAUUGCCUUAUAAAAUAAAUUUUUCGAUAUCGAAAGAAAAAUUCUAUAGUUAGUGAAACUGACUAUAUUUAAAUAGCAUAUUAUUUUUAAUAAUUUUAUUUCUCUUUCAAUAAUUUAAUUGAAAACCCAAACUUUAUCAUCUCUUGAAUUUCGUUUUCAUCCAAUUUAUUUAAAUAAUUUUAACACUUAAAGUUAAUAAUUUAAUAAAUAUGAAAUUCUAUCAAUCUUUAAAAAUAACUAAUUUAAUUUAUAAAAGAUCAAGAAUAAAUCUGGCUGAAAAUUACAUAAUUAAGUUCCAAAAUAUUUAUAAAAAAUUAUAUUAAAAUAUUAUUAGAGUGUUUAUGGGGUUUAGCCUUCCCUUUAAGUAAAUUUUUCCAACGGAUUUGCUCGUUAGUCAAGGCUGGGAAAGUAAGCAUAAUUUCUACCAUUGUGAUUUUGCUAUUUCUUUUCCACCCAAAUUUAGUAAAGUCUAUGUUUGCAGUGUUUUCAUGUAGAGAAAUUGACGCAGGAGAGUACUGACUUGUGCAAGAUUUAGAUAUUCGAUGCUGGGAUAAUAGACAUGUAUUUUAUUCCCUUGCUGUUGCAGUCCCUUCUAUUAUAGUAUGAGGAAUCGGUAUUCCGACUGUUUCUUUAUAUUGUCUAUGAAGAAAUAAAAGAAAAUUAGACUCAAUUAGUGUCAGGCUUCAGUUUGGGUUUCUUUUUAAUGGAUAUAAAGCAAAAUCUUAUUACUGGGAAUUUGCUAUUUUAUAUAGAAAAAUCCUUAUUGUAUGCUGCUCUGUAUUUUUAGCAAAUGUCAAUACAAGCAUCCAAGCAUUAACUGUCAUGAUGCUGCUUUUACUUUGUCUUUACUUCCAAAAUUUGGUGCAGCCUUAUGAUGGAAAUGUUUUAAAUGAAAUGGAAAUUCGGUCAAUUUUAGUAGCGGCUGUUACAAUUUAUUGUGGACUUUACUAUUUGACUGGCUCUUUAGAUUCUGUAUCGUCUAAGAUGUCUUCGAUAUUGUUAUAAUUAUAAGUUUCCAUUAUAGUAAAUUUUUUUUUCAAAUUUAAAAAAAUUCGUAAAAUUGAGAAGUAAAAAUUAUUUAAUUUGUAAAAUUUAUGUUUUAAAAUGCAAUUUAACAGAUAUUUCAUUAUACUAAUAAUCCUGUGCAUUACGAAAUUUUUCAUAAAAAAAAUUGUUAUUAUGGAGGGUGGCAAAAUUAGGAUUUUUCCAAUGGUUUUGUCCCUCAUGGGGCAGUAUUUUCAUCUCACUGAUCAAUAAUUUUUUAUACGGUAUAUCAAAAAACUGUUUUCUUUAUUUUAAUCUGUGCUGUAAAUAUUUAUUUCCUCUAUUAUUGGCUUAAAAAAAUGUUUGGAGCUGGCUUUCAAAUCUUAUCUGAUUUAAUUCCUUGCUUACGAAAAAGAUUUAGCCGUAAAGUCAUGGAUGGGUUCAGUGACGAAAUUUUUGAAAAAUCUGAAUUCCCACAUUUAAAUUGAACCAAAAAAUCAUCUAAUUUAAAGUCGGUUAAUUUUUUUUUAAGAUUAAAAAAAAUAAAUUGAACACAAUAUUUUUGAAUUUAAUUUAUUUUUAUGAAGAAUUAAUAAAAAAUAAUUGAUUCAGUGUUUAAGCUGUUUAAAUAGCAUUCUAAUUUUCUUAUAAAUAUUAUAAUUUUAUAUAUAGAAUUUCCCUAUCCAAAAAAAUUGUUCCAAUUUAAUUGAGGGAUAAUUUACUCAAAAAAUGGAUAUUUUUCUUCCAAUUUAAAGGGGGGAGUGAGCUAAAUCAUGUCAAAGUUAAACAAGGCGAAAAAUAUUUUUCUAUCAUUGCGAACGAAGACCCAAUGUCAGCAUUACCUGCUGAUGUAGAGUUAGAAAGCAUGCUAAAUAUGGAUAUGAGAAAACUAUUUUUGCGUGUCGUAGAAAAUAAAUUAGAAUCCACAAAGGGAGCUAAUGAUAUCAGUGUAGAGGAAUAUUAUCCAGGGGAAAUCUAUAAGACAGUGAUAAACGAUUUUGAUCGCACAAAUGAGGAUGCAGAUUGUCCACCUUCUAGAUCUGCAAGUUUAAAAACUAGAAUGCCAAAUAAAUAA